UCGCGGAGCGUACAGUAAACCGUGUGCACUUCGAGUCUCCUCAGGGAGAGGCAGAGAGGUCACAAGUUCCCAAGUACAGCCCCUGAGCAGACACACACUUCCCCACAGGAGAGGCGGUCACUACACUCAUUACAAAGAGGCUGCACACGGGAUUACCGGGUAGGAAUCCUCAAACUGCCCUCGAGUCAAAGUUGCUGAAAGCUGCGUUACACCUCGGAGGUCCAACAAGAGCAAUGACCAAUCACUCAUCACACUCCAACGGCAUGCACACCCACCGCCAGGAGCACCUGUACAAGGUGCUGGUGAUCGGAGACCUGGGGGUCGGGAAGACCUCCAUCAUCCGGCGAUACGUCCACCAGACAUACUCCACCAACUACCGGGCCACUAUCGGAGUGGACUUCGCACUGAAGGUGUUGAACUGGGACUCAAAGAUUAUCCGGCUCCAGCUGUGGGACAUCGCAGGUCAGGAACGCUUUGGAAACAUGACAAGAGUAUACUACCGUGAAGCCAUGGGAGCCUUCAUAGUGUGCGAUGUGACCAGGCCCACAACCUUUGAAGCCGUCCUCAAAUGGAAAGAGGACCUGGACUCCAAACUGAUGCUGAAUAACGGGCAGAGCAUUGCCACAGUGCUUCUGGCUAACAAGUGCGACCAGGGAAGAGAGCUGACCAACAACAGCAUCAAAAUGGACCAGUUCUGCAAGGACCAUGGCUUUGUUGGCUGGUUUGAGACAUCAGCUAAGGACAAUCUUAACAUUGCCGAAGCUGCAAACUUCCUUGUCAAGCACAUCAUGGCCACAGAGAAUGACAUCCUGAAAAGUGUGGUACCAGACACCAUCUCACCUCAGCUCGACUCCAACAAGCACAUGAGCUGCUCUGGAUGCUCCAAAUAAUGAAUGGAGAGACAACAGAAGGACAAAGAGGGACAGGCACAGUCUUCCAAAGAUGUAUCAACAGUACAAUGUGGCUUCGUUGGUCCAAACCAAAGUUAAAGGUUUUCAUUUGGUACAGAGAACCAGAGCUCACAAAGGAAAUCACAUGGACUCAGGAGUUCUUGGUUUCAAGAAUGGCAGACCCACACGUGUCACCUCUAUGUUCUUUGGCAUGAUGAUUGAAAGUGUCAAACAGUCAACUUUGCCUUUUUUGGCAGUUCUUAUUAGGUGGUCUACACCCUCUUCUUAUAACAGUGUACUUGGCACAAGACUGGCAACUGUCGCACAACUUGCCGGACCAAACUUAUCAAACUGCUCCCAACAUGCUUUAGGCAACAUACCCGACGUGCUGUAAUUACAGGCUGAAAACUGGAGUCUUGUUUCUUGGUUCUUCAUCAUUUCCAGCCAGUUUGGUUGUGUUGCUGUUCCCCAUCUGUUUACAUUCACCUCUAUCUAAACAUGGUGAAAAGAAACAGUGUGGGUGACAUACAGUCCUCCGUUAACAUUAUUCUGUCAGAGCCAUGAAAGCAGUAUUGACUUUGUAUGUAAGUGAAUUUUGCACAUGUAUUUUUGAUUAUGAUUUUAAGUUAUUUACAGUUAACCAUUGUGAAUGCAAAGAUGAUAUUCAGCUUGACAUAUUUUGACUAUUGUGUGUGAUUGAGAUUAACGAAAGGGAGAGUUAAAAACAAACAUCCUGGAGCUCGCCUAGUUAAACUUGUUUUUGUCCGGUAGGCAGUUCCCGUGGAGCAGUUUAAGUUGAAGUAUUCAACAUUUGUCAGACAUGUUUCUAAUGGAAGAGAGUGGUUUGCUGCCAUAAUUACUCUGUCUGGUUGCAAAGUGAUUUCUGUUUCUUCUUCAUCUGUUCAAAAAUGUUUUUUAUCUGUGCAUGUGUUAUCUUUCUUCAUCAGAAGGAGAAUUGUGUUGAUUGUCUGGAUGUCUCCUGGACUUUAUUAUGAGUUCACUUGCCAAAGCCUAACCCUCUGUAUCCAUGGUAACUAGAUCAUUUCUUAUGGGUAUCCUCGAACAUCCAUGUGAAGCUAUUUCUCGCUGUACUUGCAACCAUGCAGGCACAAAUGCACACGCACACGCACACGUACACACACACACACACACACACACACAUACACACACCCACACAGGCAAAGAGAUCUUUCUUCUCUCCAUGUCCUUGUUGCUUUGUAACUACAUAUUUUCUUCUCUCCCACUCGCUUCCAUCAUUUGUUUUUGUUUCUGAUACUGAAAAAUUCUCAGUCUCUGUCUAAAUAUUUCUUUUACAUGUCCUCUUCUUCUCUUUUCCUGAUCAUCUCUCAUGAUGUGAUUCGUGUACAGUACGCACAGACAUCUACACGCCCAGAGAACUAUAGUACUUUUUUCGAUCAUCCAACAAGUUAUUGUCAUUAUUUAAAGUUGUUUUCCUCCAUUGGCGACCUUGCAUCUUUGUAUAAUCCCACUAAGGGAUUAUACAUUUAUCAUAAUAAAAUGUCUUUUUUUCAUUGUAAUUUAAGACAGAGAAGACUUGUACCUUGUAUGACCUUCGUUACAUUGUUUCUUACAGCAGCUGUUGGUCUGCAGGGUUAACACAGUAUUUAUAAGAGUGAUCACAACAGUGUCAUGUGUUAUUGAGUGAUUUAUUGGAAGUAAUGCACAGCAUGCACAUUAGGGCCUGAUAGAAUUAAACACUGUCUUCUUCACAGGAUUACAAUGUCACAGUGUUAGUUUGGCUCAUCAUGAGGGUGUGUGACAUCAUGUGACAUCAGCCUGGUGUUACACUAUUGUAGCAAGAACUACAUUAUCUCUCUCUCACACACACACACACAUUCAGAGGAGAAAAUUACUUUGUAUCAGAUAAUCAACUUUUUUAUAUCAAAAGUAAACUGCACACCUUUAACCACCACUUGUGGAUUGUUCGUGUUUAUUAUUUAUUGUGAAGUAAUAACAAAUAAAUUAACACAUGUUACACAUGUCCCUCUUUUUGUAACUCAUGUAAUAAAAUGUGAUAUGCAACAAGAUACAGCAUAAGUAAUAUGAUAACCAUAUUUAUCAAGAUAUUGCAUGUUUUGACACGUGAAUAAAUAAAUAGUCUUUAUGAAAUAACCACAUGGUAAAGCCUAAUUUUGUAUACAUCUUUGUAAAUUCAGUACUUCAUAAAUGAAAAGUACAGAAAUGCAAAAUAAACAUAACAAUUGCAGGUGAAUUUAAAUAUUUUUUAAAAUAAAUCUUAUUCUUUUACAUUAUUAUGCAGCGAGAUCGUUGUCCUGAGCUGUAUUUUGGAUUAAUGGCAGUUAAAAGGUUGGAGAAGAGAGCUUGUCACUCUAAGGUUGGAAACUAUUACGGUAAUCACAUUGAACUUGUAAAAUUGCACUGGAAAAUAUAACUUGAAUCUAUAUAUUUCAUAUCAGUUCUUCUGUGAAAUUCUAGUUGUUUUAGGUGUUAUUAUCACUACAGACGAUGUUAUCACCAUAUCUCAAUAUAAUAAAUAUAACAGUUCAAAGGAAAAAAGGAAAACAUAUCAUAUUGAAUUGUUGCCCAUUGCCAGUUCUACAACCCAUUUUAGAGCCUUAUGAUCACUGCAGUAAAGCUUUUACUGUAAGAGAUAGGGGUGUGUGUGUGUGUGUGUGUGUGUGUGUGUGUGUGUGUGUGUGUGUGUGUGUGUGUGUGUGUGUGUGUGUGUGUGUGUGUGUGUGUGUGUGUGUGUGUGUGUGUUUUCAGGCUGAUCAAGGGCUCUCAGGUCCUCAUUAGGAAGCCCCAUGACUGCGUGGAUUACUCUCUGCCUGAGGGAUUAGAUUUGGUCGUCCGCUCUUGGCUCACAUUAAAGACAUCACCACCAACAACCCAUUAACUGAUCUAAAAAUGCUCUAAGAAACAAGAUCACCCCAUACUUCAUAAUGUUGAUGAAGUUGUGUCAGUGGGUUUCAAUGUUUUAGAAUGUUAAUUACGUUUCAAAAGAUGUAAUUAAAACAACACUUCAAUUAAAACUUCUAAUUUCAAUUUGGGACAAUCUUCUGCAAGUUUAACUCUUCCUAUGAAAACAGCUGGCACAGAUCUCACUGUUCAUUACUGCGAUUACGAGCCCAACAUAUUGUGCUCCCUUAUAGAGCUCAGGCUCUGCCAGAGAACCACCUACAGAAAAACGCCCACAUUUUCUCUGGGAGAGAGAGACGGCGAGAAAAUGAGAGACAGAGACGGAGAGUGAUGAGGAAGAAGCAGGUAGCAAGACAAGAAAAUGAGAUGGGAGAAAGCAAUAAUUCCAUCUUCCAAUACUUAAAUCUGCAUGCAGUUGAACAGAAGCAAAAGUAUUAAAUUGGUCAGUUUUGAAUGCCUUUCAAAUAAUUUUCAGAGGGAAUUUACUUAUAUUUGAUCAGAUGACUCUCUAUUAGAUCAAAACACAAUCAGCCAAGACAUCGAGACCAACAGUCAUCUGGAAUAUAACAGAAUAAAAGCAGCAAUAACUCAACAUGAUAGAAGAGAAAUGAUCUGAUCUGAUCAAGAUUCCUCACCAUCAGAAAUUGCUCAUCUGGUGCCAUCUGUUGACACAUUAGUAACACGGCAGGCAUUUUAUUCACUUCAAGUUUCUGAUGCUGAUUGAUUGGAAACAACCUUCCCUUUUCCUUUUCUGUUGAUAUUCAUUUGCUAACCUCUCUUUUAUUUGUUUUAGUAUAUCUACUGAAAGCUUGGCUAUAACAAGAUGCAUGGCCUCAGGACAUGGUGACAAGGUCCUGUCAAAUGCAGGACAACAGAAAUGGUAUUCUCUGCCCAAAGAUAAUAUAUCAAAAGAGAAAUCAUUUCAAUUACUUCGAUGCCCAGGACCCCAUGGCGGAAGGACGGCUGCUAUAAUAGUGACCUUUGAAUGAAGUACAAAUGAUAAACAAUUCCUAAGUUUCCUCAUUUAUACAGGAAAAACACAAAUAUGAACACUAUGGGCUUUAGCAGAACACAUGCAGCCAUGAGUGAAGUGCAGCCACUUGAGGAUGACUGGUUUAAACUUAAUUACAGCGUGUGAACUUGUGCUUUCCCAAGCUAAUGACCUCCUCUGUUGGGCUGUUUUUGUCAUUUUAAAGCCCUGGGACCUCAGCAACCCUCGGUUCCCACUGCCCAGUGCCAUAAGCCAUUAUGCCAAGUUAACCUGCGUGACCUUUACCCCCUUGGGUUAUACUUUCAUUCUCUCCUUAUGAUAAGUUCAUUAAUAGCCUCUGAAAAUGACCAACAUUGCUGUGUAUUACAGAUCUUAGUACAGUUUCAUAAUCAUCUGAGGAGUAUUACGUUAUGUUUGCUCACAUAAAAGAAAAUUGAGAGAUGAAAUAACAGUCCCUCUAUAAUUAAAAUAGCCCCCAGAGAGAGACAGAGGGAAAGAGGGGGAGUGAAGAAAGAGGGAGAAAAAAAGAGAAACUUAAAAAGUAAUAAAGAUGAAACUAAGCUAAGUGACAUGAGAUUCAGAAGGGAGAAACAUGAAAGUGAAGUAUUAAAUCAUGAAUACAUCUGUCCAGGUUGAAAGAUGAGUCCUGUGAGGACCUUAGGAGCUCAGCUAUUCAUCACUCACUCUGAACACUGACAGAUUCUACAUCUCAUUAACCUUGCUGAUGGUUUUUCAAUUACACUGCAUCUUCACAAGUUGGGCAUGAUAACAAACACCAUUAACUGUUUAU